AUGCUUGUGUCUCCGACGAUCAAAUUACAGCCUACGGGCGCUGAGAUGCCCCAGGUCGGGUUUGGUACUUGGAAACACUAUGGUCAGAAGGCUUCCGACGCCGUCUACGAGGGUCUGAAAGUGGGCUACCGGCUGUUCGAUUGUGCCUGCGAUUAUGACAACGAAAAGGGGUGCGGCGCUGGACUGAAGCGCGCCAUCGAUGAGGGCAUCGUGAAGCGCGAAGAGGUCUGGGUCGUCUCUAAGCUGUGGAACACAUACCACCGCAAGGAGCACGUCCGCGAGGCCGUCAUGCGGUCCCUCAAGGACUGGGGCGUCUCCUACUUCGAUAUCUACUACAUGCAUUUCCCGAUAUCUCUUGCGUUCGUUCCGUUCGAGACCCGCUACCCACCAGGCUGGUACUACGACGGCAAGGCAGAGGUCAGGCUUGAUCCCGUGCCAAUCCGUGAGACCUGGGAGGCACUCGAAGAGCUUAUGGAUGAAGGCUACAUCAAGCACCUCGGCGUGUCCAACAUGAAUAGUGGACUGCUCAUGGAUCUGCUUAGUUAUGCGCGCAUCAAGCCCAGUGUCCUCCAAGUCGAGAUCCACCCGUACAACGCGCAAUUCCGGCUAGUCGAGUACGCGCAUUCGUUGGGAAUCGCCGUGACGGGUUAUUCCUCGUUCGGUCCACUUGGCUUCCGCGAGCUUAACAUGAAGAAGGCGCUCGACACGCAACCUCUGUUCACGCACCCGCUGAUCACCGCGCUCGCCGCUUCGCACGCGUGCACGCCCGCGCAGAUCGUGCUCCGCUGGGCUACGCAGCGCGGCAUCGCGGUGAUUCCCAAGUCCGGUACCGUCCGUAUGAUGCAGGAUAACAUGCGCAACGUCGAAGUACACCUCAGCGAGGAGGAGAUGCAGGAGGUCGGCGAGCUUGAUAGAGGUUUGCGGUUCAACGAGCCAGCUGAUGACUUCGCUGGUUGUUAUAUUUUCUGCUAG